AAAUGCAGUGGUACAGCCGACAAAGGGUAGUCCUCAAGCUUUGCGUUGGAUGGGGGACUGACAAAAGGACUCGGUGUUUGCGGGCCCUUGCGAGCAUGGUAAUGAACUUUGUGAAUUCACAAGAGGCAGGAAUUUCUUCACCAGGUGAUCGACUGUUCUCUUCUCAAGGGGAGACGGAGACUUUGGAUCAUAUGCGAUGUUACACAGUCAUUUCGUGACGAGGAAGUUAAUCACCCGUAACGACUUGGGUGUGAUUAAAGGGACCGAACUGUGAAGAUAACAUCCGCCUAUUUACGCCUACUUUAUUCCAGUUCAAACACAGUCAGUCACCUUCAUUUUCAAGGUUAGCCAAGAACAUGUGUGGCAGAGCGCAGAGCCGUGGAAGAGAGAGGGACAGGUAACACAAUGGAAGAUAACGUAACCAAGAAACGGUACGGCGAAACCGGCUUGUCCCGCGCAGAUUGUGUGUAGUUCUAAGCAAGGACAGUUAGAAAAGGACAGGCGUGCAUUGAAGUUCCCACGAAUCCUAGUGCCGUGCAAUUUUACGCUUUAAAUCAGUGUGGUAACGUUAUGUACCUCCUGCUUUAACAUUUGAAAACUCUGCAUUUUGCCCACAGAGUGCAUAAGCUGAGCAUGCGACCCCGUCUUAUUCGGGUUCAUGGUUCGUACCUUGUUGGAGUGGGGACCGUAAUUAUUCUAGUGUUCUAUCUCACCUCACCCGCUCGUGAUUCGCAGGAGAACGAGACUGCGCAGGACGCAGUGCACGAAGACGUGACCAGUGCCGGUGAAAGCGAGCCCGAUCUUAACAGAUACAUCAGAGAAGCUGAAGCAGACAACAGUCAACGGCUGCAGAGGGUCCAGCAGGUGUGUCACCGCUACAAUUUGGGGCUGUACAAGCAUUCGGCAGACCCACCUAAAUUCAAGCACCCGCCCACCCCACAAUACAGUGUCUUCUAUAUAGAUAGGGAACACAAACUGACUUGGUGUCCGAUCUAUAAAGCCGCCUCUUCCACAUGGAUGUACAACUUGUGCUUGCUGGCGGGAUACACGGAGGAGUACCUUGCCGAGAAUCAUAAGCAGACGAACCAACUGGCGAGAGAAGCCUUCCCGGAGCUAGACCGCACGGACGCUGAAGAGGCAUUCCUCAGCACUCUGAAACUAUUGGUGGUCCGGCAUCCAUUUGAACGGCUGUUGUCAGCAUACCGAGACAAGCUGGAGAACAUGAGAAUUGGGUCUGAGCAUGGAACAGCCCAUUUCUACCUCAAAUAUGGCAGUCGUAUUGUAGCCAAGUAUAGGCCAGGAGGCAACAAGACACAUUCACGGUCACUUUUGAAACCCUGGCAGUACUUGCGGGACCCUCAAUUGCCUGAGCCCACGGGCUUUGAACCCACAUUCAAAGAGUUUGUUAGGCACCUGAUUGAUGUGGAUGUUGUGUACUCAGAUGACCACUGGAUUCCCUUCUACUUGUUCUGCACACCUUGUCUACUUAAGUAUGACAUAAUUGCCAAAGUGGAGACAAUGCUGAGAGAUCAGGUGUAUGUGAUAAGGGCUGCUGGACUUCAGGGCCUGAUACGACCCCGAUGGAGGCACAGAACUUACCACGAUGAGGGCAAGCACACAUCAAUGAGAUACUUUUCACAGUUAACAAAACAAGACGUGAAGAGACUGUAUGAAAAAUACAAAUUAGAUUUUGAAUUAUUUGAUUACAAAGUUGAUGAUUAUUUACAGUAUGCUACAGGAAAGUGACAGAAUUAUAUUUGUAUUGGUUUAUGAGUAUCUGUGAGGAACGAGGACCCUCUACUAAAAAAAAACGAAGGAACUGUUGAAGUUAAACAGGAACCAGCUAUGAUGGGUGGCAGG